CAGACGUCAAUUCUCCCUUGCUGCUAACACCACCCCAUCCAUUCACACCCAACGCACCAAACCAUACAAUGGAUGCGGUGACAGCCGCGAGGAAGCAGGCAGCGUUCAAGCGCGGUCGCCGCCGCAGCGCCCCUGACCUGGCUGCGGACAUGAACAUCUUCCCUGUCGAGAUGAAAGUGCGUCGCGACCAAGACAUCGGCAUCCAACUCAAAGCUGGGCGCACACGGUCUGGCCAUGACCUCGGCGUCGUCGUUGGCGGCAUCGUCGCAGGCACCCCUGCAGAUAAGCUCGGACAGCUUCACGUCGAUGACCUCUUGCUCAGUGUCAAUCACCAGCCCCUUGAAGGCGUGACCAACGUGGAGGCCGUGUCGCUGCUCAAGCGGGCUGUCACGUCGGGUGAGGUGCAGCUUCUCAUUGGCCGGCCGAUGCAUGACAGCAAGACAAACAGCCCAAACGACAGCGGGUCUAACCUCGACAGCCCCCGAACCCGCGCCCGCCGCGCCCGCCGCCUCCCGUCCCGGCCACCAGGUGCCCCCGCAUCAGCCACGCCGUCCCCGCCGACAACGGCUGCGGGCCCACGACGUCACCAGUCGCACCACCGCCAGCAACAAAGGCAACAACAUCUGCUGCUGCAGCAGCAACAUGUGCCACAGCAACAACAUGUGCCGCUCACAACCACCGAUGACGAGGAGCAUGCUGUGCCGGCAGCGGGCGCGGUGCAGCGUGAGCGACCGUCCCCAAUCCACCCACAACGCGAGCACUUUGUUCGCGUGGUGCUCAGCGGGCAGGGCCUCGGCCUGCAGGUGCACCCCUCCCACGAAGAUACAGAGGCGUGCGUCAUCGCCGUCUCUGCCACCGGAGAUGCGGCGCGCGCUGGGCUGGCGGAUGGCAUGAUCCUCAGGGCCAUCAACGGACGCAGAACAGACGAUAUGGCCGUCCAGGAUGCACGCCGCGUGCUGGCGACCCUCUCCCGCAAGCGCGCGCUCAACCCCGCUGCCGUUGAGCUUGAGCCAACGGGCCGCCCCAUCGGCAUCACGCUGGCAGAGGCGGAGCCCGGCUUUGGUGUGCGCAUUGCUGCCGUGCUUGACGGCAGCGUGGCGGCGGAGGAUGGGCGGUUGGAGGCUGGCGACGUGAUCACCAGCAUCAAUGACCUGGCAACCACAAACAUGCGCGCCGGGCAGGUAGCACACGUGAUGAAGCGGUGCAGUGCACGUGGGGAAGCAAUUCGCCUCGAUGUGCGCCGCGACACGGCCGCGUUUCUCGUGUCCCUCCCACCAGAUGCAAUCAGUGUUCCAUCCGAUGCUGAGACUUCCUCAGCGUCGGAGGUUGAGGAUUCGCCCAAGCGCCGCAUGCCACGCCGCUCCACAGGCCGCCCCGGCCGCCGCAGACGCAGGCGCGUGCCUCUCUCGGAGAUCUUCGAGCACAUGGGGACGGCGCUGACGGAGGAGCAGAAGGACAUGGUGGCGCGGCAACUUCUUCCGGACGAACACGGAAACGUUGACCCUGAUGAUGUCAAGCACGCCGUGCGCAUGGUCCUGGAGGACACGGAGAGCGAAGCGGGGGAAUCGUUUGUGUCUGCGGACGACACUGCGGACGAGCCCGCUGUUGCGCCAGGGUCAACGCGCAUUCUGGAGAGGCGCAUUCGCACGCUGAGUCAGCAGAAUCACGUGUUGCGGCAACAGCUCAAAGCAACGCAAGAGCGCGUGGAAACGCUGGAAUCGGAGCGAGACGACGCCGUCACAAAGGCGCACCUGACAGACGAGGCGCAAACACAAUCACGCCGCAUUGAGGACGAUUAUCAAGAGAUUGUUGGGUUGCUGGAGGCCGAGGUGGCGCACCUGCGCGCCCAAUUGCAGAGCAGUCCAGACAAGAAGGACGCGACGCUCGCUGCCCUGCGCCAACGCGUGCUCGUGCUUGGUGUGCAGCUCAAUAAGGCCGUUGCUGCAAAGAACACUGUCCAGUCCGCCUGCGACACCCUUCGCGAAUUCAUCGACAGGGUCCAUCGGCGGCUGAGCGUGGCCGGCACCCAGAAACUGUCUGCCGACCGCAGCCUUGCUGUGCGUGAGGACGGCACGUUGCUUCACCGCCCGUCCGAGGGGCCCCUGCCACCUGCUGCGCCAUGGGCUGCUGGCGACUUCUGCCUCGCCCCUUGCUCCCUGCACAACGGCCAGCUGCGCCCAGCCGUGAUUGAGGCGAUUGCUCUGACCGGCGAGGUGGCCCAGGUCAGGUACCAGGAGUACGACGACGUACCUGUUGUGGAGACCGUCUCCGUUGCACACCUCCGCCCCCUGGAACAGCAGCGCCACUUUGUCGUGCAUUCUGCCCGCGACGGUGACUUGGCCCGUCGGUCUGUGCGUCGCGCAGGCCCAGGCGGUGCUGGUGGUGAUGCGAUAGUGCGUGGUGAGACGACGUUUCUCUCGCCAACAGAGAAGAUGAUUCUCGAAGAUUGUGAAGAGACAAGCAGACGCGUCACCACCAUCUUGGAGAAGCAGCCGCUCCCGUUUGGUUGGGAGGAGGCAUACACGGCUUCAGGAGUCAAGUAUUACAUCAAUCACGCGACCCAGACAACGCAGUGGACGCACCCGGCAUCAAACGCAGUGGACCAGCUGGUGCAACAGCCAUCAGCCGCACUUUGAAGCGACACAUCUCAAAAUCAACGCCUUUAUUUGCUUUUUCUCACGUUGAUGGCAUGGCAUGACAUGAUAGAUAAAGCAAGACAACCAGACAAGCGCAUGUGGUAUCAACAUCACAGACAAACAAUAAAACGAAGCAGAAA